CUCAGCCUUGAACAAUAUCGAGGGCCAUUUCUUCAACUCACAUAGUAUUUCUCUACUGCUUCGACUUACCUCAACCAUCUAUCUCCUGGCCUUCCGAUCUGAGGGUGGUUAGACAUUCAGACCUUUCGACCAUCUUGAGCCACGGUGCGUUCCGCAGGCUAAGAUGAAUGUAUCCGAGUCAUAGCCAACGCUACCUCUACCUCGUGCCUCCUUCCCACCGAUCUGACUGUGCAGCGACUCAGGUCAACGGGACCGGGGCAACUGAGCCGAUCUCUGACUGCUAGCCUUCAUCCUUCAUCCUUCAUCCUUCAAACCUCCUCAUCUUCGUUCUUGUCCUCCCACUUCACCGGCAAUCAUGGAUGGCGGUGCGAAUCAGCGUCCCGCGGCACCUGCGCCAGCACAGCAAGCCUCUUUGAUUCGUCCAGAACAGGUGCAACGGCUGCCACAACUCAACCCCGCACAGAAGCAGCAAUAUGAGCAGGGCGUCAAAAGAUUCUGGGAGAUUCUCAACAACACCCCCCAAGGAGAUCCAAAGUACAAUGAGGCAUACCAAGGGCUGGUGCGCACGUCAAGCCAACUGAUGGCAGGUAUGAAACAGUGGCAACAAACCGCCAAACAGAGACAACUUGCUCAACAACAAGCGGCCCAGCAGGCAGCACAACAACAGCAGGCACAACAACAGGCGGCGCAACAGCAACAGCAACAAGCCCAGCCGCAGCCACAAGUACAAAAGCAGGCCACACAAGCUCCUCAAGCGCAAGGAGGAACAGCUCAAGGUGGAAAUAGUAGUGUCCAGUUCAAUCAGUUGAUGCCUGAGAUCCAGAAAAGAGUCAAUGAACAAAAUUUCUAUUAUCCGCCAGCCAUGACGAAAGGUACAGAACCCGCCGAGAACUGGUUGCGAGAAGCAAAGGCUCGUCUAGGACAGGCUCUCCAGAGACUUCAAGUGGCCAAACAGAAGAAGACAGAAUUCCAGCGACAGGCACAGCAACGACAGCAAGCGGGAAACCCUCUGACACCCCAAGAGACCGAGGUCUACAACAAUAAGAUUGCGCAGUGUGAUCGCGCAAUCAGUGAAAGUGGUUCAUUCAUGAAAAAGUUCAAUGAGCAACAAGAACAAUUCCGCAGCGCUCAACCCCAGCAUCAAUAUACCAAACAAGCCGCAGCGGCUGGGGAAGCGGCUGAGCCUGGUGCGAUGCCUCACAUGCAACCUGGCGCCCAAGGACCACAGGCACAUUCAAUCAGCAGUGCUGUUUCUGCCGCGCGUAACCAAGCAAGUGCAGCCCAAACCGCCAGUCCCGCAGUGACUACCACACAAGCAGGUCAGAUCACAACCACGACAACUCAACAAACCCCAGCUUCGGCAACUCAACCACAAUUCCCUCCUUCAGCUCAACCAGAUAGCGCCACAUCAGCACGUCCAGUAUCUCAUCAAGGUCAAGCCAUGACUCCUCAGGCCGCGGCGCAUGCGGCGCAGCCAGGCGUCCAUCCUCAUCCUCUCAAUACCAGUAUCAACAGCGCCAAAACCGCCACCCCGGUCAUCACCAAGAACCUCCAAGUUGCCGAACCCAAACCUGUUCAAAUGCCACCAUCCCGACCAACCUUGACUGGAGGCGCAGGAGUUGGAUUGCCCGGACAACUUGCUCAACCAGCCAUUACAGCGUUGCCAGGAUACGUGUUGGAAUCAAGCGAAGAUGGACGGGUCCUUUCGAAGAAGAAACUGAACGAGCUAGUUCGCGAAGUCUGCGGUCCAGGUCCUGACGAGCAGCUUGACCCAGAAGCCGAAGAGAUCUUUCUCUCAAUCGCUGAUGACUUCGUCGACGAACUUGUCACUCAAGCCUGCAAGUUGGCCAAACUCCGUGGUUCGUCUAGCUUGGAAUUGCGCGACAUCCAGAUUGUUCUCGAACGCCAGUACAACAUCCGUGUUCCUGGUUAUUCGACCGACGAGGUGCGAACUGUGCGACGUCCUCAAGCUGCGCCUGGCUGGGCUCACAAAAUGAGCGCUGUCCAAGCUGCGAAGUUGACUGGAGGUGGCGGCAGCGCAGCGACGGGUGGUUCCACUGGAAAGGACACCUGAUCGACAGCUUUGGUCGUGAUUAGGCGUUGGGAAGCCAACAUCUGAAAGAUCACGGAUUCAUACUGUGUACUCUAAUGCAUGACUCAGGCGUGGCACGAAUCGAUACCAUGAGCAUUGGGACAGGAACGAUAUUGGCAGCAGGGGCAUCGUCGGCGUUGAUGGAUGCAUGCUUCCUCAAGAUAUCUUGGUCAAGAACGAGGACAUGACUACUGUACUUGCUGCUAAGCAAGCACUCAGAUAGAGAGAAUGAUCAGUCAUCUCCUAAAAA